UCGUUUCUCACUUAUCACCUCACACUCCCCCUUUGUAUUCUCUCUCUUGUUUCCUUAUACACACUCUCUCCAUUCCUCCUCCCUCCCUUAUUUUUAAAGCUUUCAUCUCAUCCUAUUUCUCUCGAUCAUUCUGCUACUUUUACCUUUUUCCUUCCCGUCACCCCAUUCUCUCUCUCUCAAUCCUACAUAGCAGCAGCAGCAUCUCCUAUUGCUGCAACACUCCAGACUACCCCUCUCAUUAAACGUUAUUGCUGUCCUCUUACUGACGGAGCGGCGGUAGCAGUUAUAAUAAUAAUAAAAAUAUUUCACUGCUGCUUCCUUCGCAUUUUUUCUCGAUUUUCUACGAGCUUUACCCCCCUCUGAAGCUCGAAGCCUUCGCGGAUACAUUAAAAAUAUUACACUCUCACCGCUAUCUUCAUCUAUAUAUAUUUAUACAGACACCGGAUAAAUUGCCUUUAACCAUUUCUUUUUCAAUGAAGACAAUCCUGAACAUGACCUCUGCCUAAAAGGGUAUAAAAAGAAACCUAUUGGUUCCUUCUGCCUAGUCUGUGAUAGUUACAAUGCUGCAUGUUUUAUAUUUUGGACAGUUGAUUCAUGCAUACCAAGACCUCUGCCAAUUUUCGAAUUGCUAUUGCCACAUGUAUGGCAUUCUAUUGCGUCAAAUUUCUACUCCAAUGUAAUAGUAGAGAGUGACAGGCAUGGGAGCUACAGAUGAGCAAAUGGCGGAGCCAGGAGCUAUCACAGCCAUCUCAGUGGUAGAUUCCUCCAGGUUGUCAACAUUUGUGAUCUCAAUACUCCUGAUUGUCUAUGGUAGCUUCAGGUCAUUGAAUCUGGAGCAAGAAAAUCGAGAAAAAGAGAAGGAUAAAACAAAUUACAAUGGUUUUUCUGGAGAAAAUGAUGGAAAGCUCAUGGAAUCCAUAUCAUUAUCAACAGUUUGUGCGAGGUGUCUAUCCUCUUCCCUUAGGCCAGCUACAUCAUCAAACAGACGGAACGCAAGCGUAGGAUUCGAUGUUCAAACCAUUGACACAUGCCAAGCCAUGUUUUUACCAAUUGCAGCUUCAGUUUCUCUCUUGGUUAUGUUUUUGUUCUUUGAUUCCUUACAAAUGGUUUUUGCAAUCUGCACAGCCAUCUUAGCCACAGUUGCAUUUGCAUUCCUCCUGUUACCAAUGUGUCAGUAUCUUAUCCGACCAUGUUCCAGUGGACAAAAAAUUUCCUUUGGAAUUUGUGGCCGGUUUACUGCGGCAGAGAUAAUGUCAUUCUGCCUAUCAUUUUUCAUUGUGUGUAUAUGGGUAUUAACAGGGCAUUGGCUUCUCAUGGAUGCUCUUGGAAUGGGUUUGUGUGUGGCUUUUAUAGCUUUGGUUCGUCUUCCCAGUCUUAAGGUUUCUACACUUCUCCUUGUCGGACUUUUAAUUUAUGAUGUAUUUUGGGUGUUUUUCUCAUCGUAUAUAUUUAGUACCAAUGUGAUGGUCAAAGUUGCAACGAGACCAGCCGAGAAUCCUGUUGGGAUAUUUGCUAAGAAACUUCAUUUAAGUGGUCUGGUACGAGAUGCUCCAAAGUUGUCACUUCCUGGAAAAUUAGUCUUUCCAAGUAUGCAGAACAGCAGUCAUUUUUCCAUGCUGGGACUAGGAGAUAUUGUUAUGCCUGGUUUACUGCUGUGUUUUGUGCUAAGGUAUGACGCGUACAAGAAGUCUCAGCUGAACAGCAUUGAGGCAGGAAUCCCACAACCCAUCAAUACCAUUCAAAAGAUCACAUAUUUCCAUUGCUCUUUAAUAGGGUAUUUUUUAGGUCUGUUGACUGCCACCGUGUCAUCAGAGGUAUUCAAAGCAGCACAGCCUGCUCUUCUCUACCUAGUCCCUUUUACACUGCUUCCUCUGCUGACUAUGGCAUACCUCAAGGGUGACUUGCGUCGCAUGUGGAAUGAGCCAUUCAUCAAUAACCAGUCUAGCAAGCUAGAGGUCUAAACAGCUGUGUGUAGAUGGCCAACUACAUUAUAUAUACACACACACACAUUAUAUAUAUAUAUAAUGUAUGUAUGUAUGUAUACACCCAACAUGGAGGUCUAAAUAACUGCGUAGAUGGCCAACUACACUAUAUGCCCACAUUCACUGGUUUUUCAGACCACAGAUGGAUGGUUGGGGAUGAUCAAUGGAGCACAAUAACACUGGAAAAGAAAUAACAAGAUUUACAGCUUAACAACAGCAUCUGAAUGUAUGAACACAUUACACGCAUAAACAUACACCUGCUGACCUGUGCACUCACACGUGUAUUUGUGGGUGUUAUAUAUACAUACACACACUCACACACACACAAAACGCACAUACACUUAACCAAGUCAAGGAAGAUAGUGAUAUAAUGUUCUUCUUCCGCUAGUUGUGGAUAAGGUAUUCUAUGAUCUGUGUAAUAGUUGGAUGAGAACAAUACAUUCUUACCGCAGCUACCUCUACUACAACUACUACUGAUUCAAGAUUCCCCACCACUACAACUACUAUUGCAACUUUAUACAGGGACUAAUUGAAUAGCAUUGUUGAGCUGGAUAACACAAGAGCUGCACUGCGAUAUGUUACCUUUUGAGUUUACUCUUUUACCAUACACCUGACAGUACACCGGACAUCUGUUACGACUAUCCCUUGUUUUUCCUGUCAAGAGUUCUAUUUUUACUUCCAACUGAAGUCAUUCCUGGUAGAAAAAGAAAAAUGGUUUUACCCUUGUCUUGUAAUAACUGUUUUUUUUCUGCUGCACUGUUUUCAAACUGUAAAUCUAGAUUCUUCCUCCUGUCGCAACUGCCCUCUCCUCUUCCUCAUUCCUGCCUCCUAUCUGUGCUGCCACCUGCCUCCAACUACUAUUUAUAUUGCUUUUAUUUGUAUCUGUACUACUCUGUGAUUAGAUACCACACAAGAAAGAUGGCAGUGUUGGUGUAAGACAGGAUUAAAAAAAAAAACAACCAGGCUUUUGAAGAAAGAAAAGAUUUCCUUAGUAAAAAUCAUGCUCAAUACUGGAUAUGUUGGAGAUAUUUGCAUAAUUUUGUUGCCUUCAUUUUCACUCAGUUAAGAUAUUGGCUAUCAUCUGUCACCUUGAUUGUUGUUGGUGAUUGUAUGUAAAUCAUUAUUCAUUUGAUUUGCUUUGGUGGAGAAAUGUAAAUAGACAUGAGAUUAUACCAAGGCAUCUUCAUAUAGCUCUUCAGUUAUUGUUUUAUCAUUGUUAACCCUCAUAUAUGUCAAUCUAUAAGUGACAGGCUUCUAUUAUUCCUACUGAUGCACAAGGUUGAUGCAGCUAUCAACUUAUGAAUGUUACAAUCCUUUUUUAAAUCAACACUAUUUCCUAGGCUGGACUUGAAAUAAUACAUAACAUUCAGUACAUUCCUUGUAUACUGAUUGCUUCUUUGACUCUUAUUCUCACUGUACUUCAGUUUUCAUGAUUUUACCAUUCUUUUUGUCUAAUUUCCUCUGUUCUUUUCUGUUCUUGUAGUCCGGUUGCUUCUCUGUUCUUUUUACUUCUCAUUCUGGUUGUAACAGUUUUGUGGGACAUGUUUUCAGUUUUAUAUUUCCAGACUCCAUACAUUUCUGCUAAACUAAGGCAUCAUUAUCUUAUUGAAAAUUUAGUCGAAAACAGAAACUUUGAAGGACAUACAUUGCUAUUGUUUCUUUUUUGUCUUUUUUUAAAAUUCUAGAUAAACUUGUAUUGUCAUUUUAAAGACCCUACCCCUUUUCUAAAAAUAUAAUUCAACAGAUUGAAUAGCCUUUUAAACUUUUUUUGAAUUCAUUAAAUAUUUUAUUUUAAUUCUACCGCCAAAGCAGACUGUUGUUAUUUAAAUUUUAAUUUGUCAUGGUCAUAUUUUUCCGUUCUUUUAUAAAUUUUUGAUGUAGUUUUAGAUUAAAAUUGCCUUCACAUUCAACAGUUUUAUCUUUGGUAAUGACUAAUAUAUAACAAUUGCAACUUUAAAGUUAAUGAUGUGAUGUGAAACAGUAUGAGUCAAAGGUUGAAAUCAGUAAAGUGCUAUAUUAAACAUCUUUCAGUAUUUAAUUACAUUUCUCUAGAUGAUACCUACAGAGUUGAUUCUGCUCAUCAUUAUCUCUGGAGUUGUUAGAAUAAGUAUUAACCAUGCCCUUGGGUUCAUUCAAUCAUCUCUUCCCACUCUGUAUUAGUUUUGUGGCUACAUAACACAUUGUUUUUGUUUUAUAAUUACUCUAUUGCUGUUUUCUCAUAUCAUAUACUAAAACAAAGUUAUCAUUGCUAAUGACUGAUAGCGUAUCAAGAUUGCAACUUAUUAAAGGUGACAUGAGAACACACUAGAUGGUGUGAAAGGGCUUGAGUCAGGAAUUGAAACCAUGAGCUCAAUUCUUCUAUUCAGUGCUCAGCUAACAUCUUAUCACAAGAGCAAUACUAUUACAGUGAUUAUGAAUCUAAUUGAUUGGACACAUUUAUGCAGUUGAGCAAGCCAUAUCCAAUCUCAGUAGUAGCUCUGUAUAUAGAUACAAACAAGUCAAGCAAUGCAACCACCUGUAUGUUGUAUACUCAAUUUAUUGUUUAAAAGGAAGAAAAAAAAAACUGAUGAGAAAUUUUUUUUUAUUGUUUUGUUAAACUUUUACGGUUCUUCCUUGUGAAUAUUGAAUCUAAAUCUGCAAAAACCAAUUGAUGUGCAUGCUGACAUACAUUUAGUAGCUAGUUAUUCAGCUAUUUGAUUCAAUUGUCUCUGGGGGAAUAUUAUACAGACUAUGUCUUGAUUUAGAGUUUCCAAAUAUCAGUCAGAGAGUUACAGUUGUCAAUUUUAAUGAUUAAUUUCAAAAUAAAGCAGCAAAGUGAGAUUUAAGAUAGAACUGUUUCUACUUCAGGUUGUAGCUAUCAUCCUGUCCCUCUUGUAGAUUUCCUCAAUCUCAGUUUACUGUUACAGGUGUCAACUCACUCUUGCUCUCACCUUGUCACUGUCUGUAUUAGUUUUUGUGGAGUUAUACAAUCUUCAAAUGACCAGUAUCUAGACUAGAGGAUAUUGCUACACUUGCUCUGUGUUCUCAACGGAUAAUUCACUAAUACUUAGCUAAGUCUGGAAUAUUAUAGUCAACCUUGGAAUGUUAGUUGAAUCUAAGAAUCCUGUCUUCAAGGAUUUGAGUUCUUAAACAGCUAAUUGAUCUCCUUAAUUCCAUCAACCCAGUAAAAUCUCAACUCAGAAUUUUUCAUCUCUCCAUCACACUUGAGUUUAUUGUGUUUGGGGUUUUCCUUUCUCAUUUGAGCCAAAUUAACUGCCAAGGGCAAUGAUGCUGUGGUCUAAACCAGAUGCCAGCAGUGGUAGUUCAGCUUCUACUUCCAGUACUCCUCCUCUUCCUCUGUUGAACCAUUCUAGAGUGUAUGUGGACUGGGAUAGAUGAUACAGUUGUACAUAUGUAAUGGACAAUAUAAAGCCAAAACAAAUAAAAGGACAGUUUAAAAAUUAUUUUAAAAAAUAUUAAAAAAACCCAAACAAACAAACAAAAUAAAAACAAAAAAUGUAUUUAAAAACGAGAACAAAAAAAAAUAAAAUAAAAAUCUAACAUGGUAGUAGCCACCAUUGAGUCACUGAAGCCAAGGUGGCUGCCACUAAUGUGCCUCUGGAAACAAGAGACCUACAAAGUUGGAAAGACAUUAAACCAAAAUCAUAGACUUCUUUUUUUACUCUUGCUUGUCAAGAUAUGUUUGUCGUUGUCAUUCUCGUUAACGCUGCCAACCACACCACCACCACCACCACCACCACUACUACAACCACCACCACUACUGGCCUGUCAAAUUGGCAGUGUAUAUGUGCAUGCGUGGUUGCUAGAGCAGUGCAUCUGCUGACUCUAGUGGACUGAUAUCAUUAGCUCUUUUCAUCUUUCUUCAUGCCCAUCCAAUUCCACAUUAAGGAUGGCCACACUCAUGUCAUAAAUAAAGUAAAUUUCAGUGAAUUUAUACUUCA